CCUUUUAUAAAUCAAAGGAAACAACAUCAUAGAGAGCAAAUCUGAACGAGUCACGGAAAGGGCAUCGUCCCUUCCUCUGCUCGAAGGGAUCAGUUCACUCCCCUCUCUCGAUCUCUAUAAGUUGAAAACCCCAGUUUUGAGUCUGAGAUCGAGAGAGAGAGAGAGAGAGAGAGAGAGAGAGGGAAACCCUAGUCUUUCUUCGAGAUUCGCGAUGGCGCACGCGUUCGCGGCUCAGACUUCGGUCAGUGUUCCGAUUGGAGGCGACUCGUCUCUUGGGAGGUCACGAGUGAAGGUCCAGAAUAAUCUAAGCUUGAAGAAUAAUUUAUGGGCAGCAGUCACAUAUUCAGAUUUGAAAAGUAGGAAUGUGCAAUCAAAAUACCAGAGCAAGGUAUUAUGCAUGUCUGUACAACAAGCCAGCAGAAGCAAAGUUGCAGUCAAGCCAAUAGAAUUGGAAGAUGCUAAAGAACCACCUAUCAACUUGUACAAGCCUAAGGAUCCCUACACAGCAACUAUUGUUUCAGUUGAGAGGCUUGUUGGACCAAAAGCUCCUGGAGAGACAUGCCAUAUUGUAAUUGAUCAUGGAGGCAAUGUCCCCUAUUGGGAAGGGCAGAGCUAUGGUGUAAUUCCUCCUGGCGAAAACCCCAAGAAGCCAGGAGCUCCUCACAAUGUCCGCCUGUAUUCUAUUGCUUCAACUAGAUAUGGAGAUGCCUUUGAUGGCAAGACAGCUAGUUUAUGUGUCCGUCGUGCUGUUUAUUAUGACCCGGAGACUGGAAAGGAGGAUCCCUCAAAGAAUGGUGUAUGUAGUAAUUUUCUUUGCAACUCAAAACCAGGUGACAAGAUUAAGAUCACAGGUCCAGCCGGCAAAGUUAUGCUAUUACCUGAAGAAGAUCCCAAGGCCACGCAUAUAAUGAUUGCUACAGGUACUGGAAUUGCUCCCUUCCGUGGCUACCUCAGGCGUAUGUUCAUGGAAUCAGGUCCAACCUACAAGUUCAAUGGCCUUGCAUGGCUCUUCCUUGGUGUCGCAAAUUCUGAUAGCCUUCUUUAUGACGAAGAGUUUGCUAGCUAUCUUCAAAAUUUUCCUGACAAUUUCAGGUAUGAUAAAGCCCUGAGCAGAGAACAGAAGAACAGGACCGGAGGCAAGAUGUAUGUUCAAGACAAGAUCGAGGAGUACAGCGAUGAAGUUUUCAAGCUUUUAGACGAAGGCGCUCACAUUUACUUCUGUGGGUUGAAGGGGAUGAUGCCUGGGAUUCAAAAAACCCUGAAGAAGGUAGCAGAGCAGAGAGGAGAGAAUUGGGAUGAGAAGCUCUUGCAGCUGAAGAAGAACAAGCAAUGGCAUGUUGAGGUUUACUAGAUAUUUUUGGUGUGGUGGGAAAUAUUCCCCUUUGAUUGUGUGGUUACCUGAUUUCUUGCAGGUAGAGCGCAUUAUUCUGCAAAAUUGUGUGGCUCAAUUCACAUUGCUCAACAUGAGGAUGAACAAUUUUUCAUAUUGAAAUCUUAUUUUUAAGUUAUGGGAGCAAAUAAUCCGAGCAUUGUUCAGAUGCACUGUUAGAAAUCAAAUUAAGAGUUUGUUUCUGGUUGAUAUA